GACAGUCGCCUCGACGCUACCAUCUUUCUCAGUUGCUCCACGGUUUCCGGACUCGGCGGACCGACAGGCAGAAAAUGCGCUCCGCGGCCGUGUGCAUCGCCUUCGUUCUGACAUACACAAGCGGGUCGUUUGUCGCGGGUUUGCGAUACAUCGAUCCACAGGCAGGAAGUAACGGUGACAUCGGCAACAAACGAUUAGACCUGACUGAGCCGUCAUGUGACGAGUUGCGUGCCAUGUGGAGAUAUACGAAGAGGCAGAUCAGAGCCGCUAAAUCCACUAACGGAUACCCAAUGUACCCAUUCAAUUCCAAUUUAUGGCCGCGUACCGCAGUGUUUCCCGAUCGCAUUAAAUUAUCCAGAGGAUAUACGCGAGAUAUUGUCGCACCUACACAACUGAAAUUACGAGAAGAGUUGGAAGGAAGACAUGCUGGACGACCGCGUAGUCGGGCCGCCGGAAGUGCACCAAUUUAUGGAAGGAUGGUGCACAAGGCUCCGGCAGGAAGUAGAUGGCGAAACGCGAUGCGGGGGCCUUCGCGUAUGAGGCUCAUCGAGGAUCUCUCGCGACAUUUUGGGACCGUGAGUACGGGACCGUUCAAGCCAAAUGUUCAAGAAUCUAAAUUCCGCGGCGGUACUCCUUCGGUUCCUCAAUCCGGCAGAUUUGAAACGCUCAAGAAUCUCAUUCAGGCCGAGAGAGCACGCGAAUUACAGGAGCAACAUAUAGCUGAAGAAAUAAAAGAGAAAGCCUCUGGUUUUAGAGGCAAUAAAGACCUAAUAAACGAAGAACAAUUAUUGAGUAGACAACAAUUACGAAAACAAUUCUCCAACCCGUUGCCACCCUUAGAAAUGACACCAAAAGUCAAUUAUGAUUACAAUCAGCGACGUUAUAAUAAUCCUCCUAACAUUGGUCAAGCUUGGUCGAGGAGCGGCCCUCUCUCACGAGAAUAUAUGUCACCUUAAGGUGCUGCGAAUUGCUGUGAGGAAACGGUACAAAUUCGAAAAAACUGCCGCAUGCAUACUGGUGUUUCUGACUGUUUUGCACGACGCAGUUGCAGCCGAUUGCAAGUGACAGCGAAGCUGCAAGAUAAGUAUCGUUACUUUUGCUGCGAACUGCAACAAGAGAAACGACACUCAUCUCGAAGAUCGCAAGCGUUUUGAAGAAUCUGUGGCUUCUGGAUCUUUGCGCGAACUUUUGAAAAACCUGUGGCUUCUGGAACUUUUAAAUCUUUAUGUCAAUAGUAAGUGGAAAUCAAAAAUUUUAAUCUAAUAUUGGUCAAUGCCGAAAAACCCUUUUAACAUAUAUGGCGAAAAGAACAGUCUUCUUCCGCAUCGAAAGUUUUAAUCUUAAAUAAAUUUCAGAA